CCGGCAACGGCCCCGCUCGCGCCGGCACGGGCGCCGGCCCCAUAACGGCCCCUCACACCGGCCGCGGCCACCGCCGGCCUCGCACACCGCCCCGGCCACCACCGGCCCCUACACCGGCCCCGGCCACCAUCGGCCCCUACACCGGCCCCGGCCACCACCGGCCCCGGCCCCACACCGGCUCCAAACACCGGCCCCAAACACCGGCCCCUGCCUCGCCACCAUGGGCAGUCGCAGCACCCGGCCCACAUCCCAAAAUGGCCGGCCCGGCGGGGCGGACAGAGCAGACCAAGGCCCGGGCGCGCAGGAGCAGGACAGCCGGUCGUGGGGACCCUCUGCUUCCUCCGCCCCCACGCUCGGCCCUAUGACCGUGAUGGGGCAGAGCCUCCUCCUCCACGACCGCAGAGGCAGUGUGAAGGUACUGCACAAGGACGACAGUAUGGACCCCUCAAUGACCAUGGACAUAGACAGCAGGUUAGUGGGCAAUCUGAACCAACGCCGUGAUAGUUCCCACAGCACACCGAUACAACGAGCCCUGCGAACACUCAGCAUCCCGCUGGAGAGGCUGCAUGUUAUGAAGGGCCACAUGAUAGAGGACAUGUGCAAGGGGCUGAGCCGCCAGACACAUGCACAGGCCAAAGUGCGGAUGCUGCCCACCUACAUCUGCUCCACUCCCAAUGGCACUGAGAAAGGCAACUUUCUGGUGGUGGAGCUGUGCCAGAGCCAGGUUCGGACCCUGUUGGUGACCCUCUACGGAGAUGGAAACUUGAGCCCUCAAAUGAUGUACAAGAUCUAUGACCUGCCAGAGGGCAUCACGCAGGGCGAGGGGGAAGCGCUCUUUGACUUCAUUGCACAAUGUGUGACCCAGUUCCUGUCUGAGACCACCAGCUCUGACACCGACUCUGAGCAAUGCCUCCCCUUGGGCUUUGUGUUCCCCUUCACCUGCCGGCAGACGCAGCUGAACAAGGCAGAACUCCUCUCCUGGUCCAAGGGCUUCAACUGCAGUGGCGUGGUGGGGAAGGACGUGGUGGAGCUGCUGCAGGCAGCCAUCGAUAAGCAGGCUGGGCCGGAUAAGGAGGGGGAGGCCAGUGGGGGAGGCGGUUGGUUUAAGAGCAGGAAAUCCUCUCAAUCUGCUGCUCCUAGCCAGUCCCGCCAUGUGGAAGUUGUUGCCCUGAUGAAUGACACCGUGGGCACCAUGAUGACCUGCAGCAUGGAGGGGAGAGCCUGUGAGGUCGCCAUGGUUGCAGACAAGGGCUCCAACUGUUGCUUCAUGGCCGAGGCGUACCUGGUGGAAACAACAGAUGAGACCAGCGGGCGGAUGUGUGUCAACACUGAGUGGGGCUGCUUUGGGGAUGAUGGCACCCUGAAUGACCUCUUCACACCCUACGAUCAAGCUGUGGAUGAGGAAUCUUCCAACCCUGGGGAAAAGAGGUUUGAGAAGAUGGUGGGCACCCUGUACCUGGGGGAGAUUGUCAGGCACGUGCUGAUUGCCCUGACUGCUGAGAAAGCUAUGUUCACUGGGACCGAUGCUGCUGUCCUGAAGGAGAAGGGAGUGUUCACAACGCAGCAUCUUCUGGAGAUUGUCAACAAUGAGGACAGCAUAACUGAAGUUAGGAGGAUUCUGGAGGCGGUGGGGCUACAGCCCAGCGAGCGGGAUUGCGGCCGGAUGCAGCAGAUCUGCCGGGCAGUGGUGGGGCGUGCUGCCACACUCCACGCCACUGGGCUGGCUGCCAUCCUCAGCUACAUGUGCCAGACCCGGGAUUUAGAGUCGCUGAUGGUCAAUGUGGGGGUGGAAGGAGAAUUGUUCGCAGGCUACUCCAGGUUUGAGGAAAUCUUGCUGAGUGUGUCAAGGCUACUGGCCCCUGAGUGCAUGGCCACCAUCCUGGCCUCGAGAGAUGGCUCUGGGAGGGGGGCGGCCAUGGUGACAGCCGUGGCUUUGCGCCUGGCAGCCCAGCGCCAUGCGGUGGAUGAGGUGCUGGCCCCGCUACGGCUCAGCCGCGAUGACCUGGUGAAAGUCCAGGCAUUGAUGAGGGAGGAGAUGGAUCGGGGCCUGGGUAAGGAGACCAAUCCCAGUGCCUCUGUCCGCAUGCUGCCCACCUACGUUACUCACACACCUGAUGGCACUGAGAAAGGCGACUUCCUGGCUUUGGACCUGGGGGGAACCAAUUUCCGUGUGCUGGUGGUGCGCAUAACAGAGGAUGGCAUCACCAUGGCCAGCGAGAUCUAUGUCAUCCCAGUUGGCAUCAUGCAGGGCAGUGGCGAGGAGCUCUUCGACCACAUCAUCGACUGCAUCAUAGACUUCCAGACAAAGCAGAACCUGGUAGCACAAAUGCUGCCUCUCGGCUUCACCUUCUCUUUCCCCUGCCAGCAAGUGGGCCUGGAUAAGGCAUUGCUGCUGACCUGGACCAAAGGCUUCAGCGCCUCAGGCUGCGUGGGACAGGACGUUGUCCAGCUGCUGCGGGACGCUGCCAAGCGCAAACGGCACUUAGGGAUGCAGGUGGUGGCUCUGGUCAACGACACAGUGGGAACCAUGAUGGCCUGUGGUUAUGAUGACCCCAAAUGUGAAAUCGGCCUCAUUGUGGGGACGGGGACCAAUGCCUGUUACAUGGAGGAGAUGAAGAACGUGGGCACUGUGGAGGGGGACCAGGGCCGCAUGUGCAUCAACAUGGAGUGGGGGGCCUUUGGGGACAACGGCUGCCUAGACCAUCUCUUCACCCACUUCGACCAGGUGGUGGAUGAAACCACCAUCAACCCGGGCAAGCAGAGGUUUGAGAAGCUCAUCAGUGGCAUGUAUCUGGGCGAGAUCGUGCGUCAGAUCCUGCUGGUAAUGACAGAGAAAGAACUCUUGUUCCAAGGCAAACCCUGCCCCAAACUCCAGACCAAGGACAUCUUCAAGACCAAGUUCCUCUCUACCAUCGAGCUCAAUGGGCUGGCCCUGCGGCAGAUCCGGGCCAUCCUGAAUGAACUGGAGCUCGAUGCCAGCUUUGAGGACUGCGUGCUGAUGCGGGAGGUGUGCCAGACCGUGUCCCUGCGCGCGGCCCAGCUCUGUGCUGCUGGCUUGGCUGCUGUGGUGGAGAAGAUGCGGGAGAACCGAGGCGUGGACCAACUGUCUGUCACUGUUGGGGUGGAUGGCACCUUGUACAAGCUGCACCCAUGCUUUUCCAACAAUCUCCAGACGACACUGAAGGACCUGGCACCCAAUUGUAAUGUGACCUUCAUGCUAUCAGAGGAUGGCUCAGGGAAAGGGGCCGCGCUCGUAGCAGCUGUGGCCGAUCGCGCUGCCAAUGCCAUGGAAUAGUCACCAUUCCAAUAAAGCUCUUUGGUCUGCA